AUUUCGCACUGCCGCACCAAAAUCCAAUAAGAUUUACUCUAACUGUACGUCAUCUAUAGGUGUCGCAGUCAAACGUCAAAUAGCAUUCUAACAAACCUUCUCCAACCAGUGCAUAUGCCUUCCAAUGUAAGACAUCACUGUUUCUACAGGAUAAACACGUCCACUGCGCAUGAUCGCUUCUUUUGCUCGACAGGCAGAACCGCGAGCGUGGUGGUGGUGUGUCAGCUGUUAACAAUUUCUCCUGCCCGCACACAGCUAUCCCGGCAUCGGAUAGCAGAACGAAGCGAUUUUUGAAAAGGGCAAUGAUACAAACUAUCUGUGAUACUAGUUCGUGACAGUUUCUAGCUUCGAAUCUGUGAUAACAAAACACGUUCAGUGCACACUUCCACCUCCACCAAAAUCUAGCCAACAACAUACACAACAAAUGCUGCGGUUCUCACUGUAUCGUAUGGUGGUGCUGCUGUGUGUGGCCAUCAUGCUCUACACGGUGUACCGCUGGUGCCGGAUCCUGUUCGGACCGGGACCCGAAUCAGACGGCCGUCAAUUUCAGCACACCUGCAACAUGACCGAGCACUACCGGCAGGAGCUGGAACGAUUGUUCGAAAGAGUACACCGGCUACUGGAGCAGCACGGGCUGACACACUUCCUCUGCUACGGGACGCUCUGGGGGCAGAUACGCAUGGCCAAGAUGCUGCCGUGGCGGGAAAAGGCCGAGUUCUGUGUGCUCAACGAGGAGCUGAUGCGGCACGAGGAGGCACGCUUCAUACGGAACUUUUACGCGAGCGAGCUGCGCAUCCACUACCUGCACUCGGAGGGCAUCUACCGGAUAUUCGCGCAAGAGUCCACCGCCCAGCAUGCACCUCCGUACGUGGAGCUGGUGGUAUUUCAGCUCGAUGAAGUGCAAGGUAUGUACAAACGGAUCGGCUGGAAGCGCCGCCUGUUGCCGCCGAACUGUGACUGGACCCCGUCGCUCGACUGCUUCCCGCACAAUCUGCUGCAGGGUACGCUGCCGAAGCGGCCACUCGGCCACCACCACCACUACACCGUACCGAUGGGUGGGAUCGAGCUGCAAAAGUACCACUAUCCGGACAGUUGGUGGAAAGAGGUGAAGGUUCGCAACUGCAAUCUGCAGUAACCGUCCCACAGCUCAAGGGGAUGCAGUGCUCAAAGCGGCUGUAGGCCGCCGUACCGUGACGGAUCUCUUCGGAU